AUGUACCGGAAUCACUACUACCACUCCAACUAUGGCGUGGACGUCACCAGGCCGUACUACUAUCCCCACCACAAUGUGGUCGAGGAAUACAUGUACGACGGCGAGUUCGGCCACCACGACCAGUCUCUGGAACACCUACACAACCCUCCCUACAACACCGACCACUACGAUUACUCGCCGUUAUCGUUUGUGUCAGCCGGGUUCACGAAGUCAGGAUGCAUCCUUCCCGCCAAGGCCGAUUCCUUACCGCCACAGACGAUGCUGCAGCCACCCCUACCACGAAAACGCAAGACCUUUUCAUUGGACUUGGACAGUGCAGAGGAGGAAGAAAGCUUGUCAGUGGGUAUGACGUCGCCCACGAUGGUGUCCCCUGACUUACUCCUUGAUCCUGCUGACCCUCGAAAACAUUACAAACAAAAUCACAGUGAGAUAGAGAAACGAAGAAGGGAUAAGAUGAACUCCUAUAUCUCAGAAUUAUCAUCCAUGAUUCCCAUGUGUAACACAAUGAAUCGAAAACUGGAUAAAUUGUCAGUACUUAGAAUGGCAGUUCAACAUAUGAAGUCUGUUAAAAGUUCCAACAACACCUUGUCAGAAGUUGGCGAAAAGAACUCAUAUAUAUCAGAUGAUGAACUCAAACGGCUAAUACUAGGAGCUGCUGAGGGGUUUCUGUUCGUCGUGGGGUGUGACAGAGGUAGAAUUCUCUAUGUGUCGGAAUCUGUCAAAACGGUUCUCAACUUUUCACAGACGGAGCUGAUUGGUCAAAGUCUGUUCGACAUCCUGCACCCUCGUGACAUCACCAAGGUCAAAGAGCAACUAUCUGCAUUUGAUAUCACUCCGAGAGAAAGACUUAUUGAUGCGAAAACUAUGAUGCCGGUGAAGACGGAGGUUCAGCAGAACGCGUCCAGCAUGUGUCCGGGUGCGCGGCGAUCCUUCUUCUGUCGCAUCAAGUGUGGCAGCUCGGACUCACCAGAAAACACCCUCAACAUCAAGACGGACUUGGAGUCGUACAUAUUGAGUCAGCAGAAAGUUAAUAAACAAAACAAGAACUACGUGGUGAUUCACUGCACGGGCAACAUGAAGUCGUGGUCGGAGACGAAGCUGUGCCUGGACGAGGACAGCGACACUGAGGCCUACGGCUCCAACUUCAACUGUCUCGUCGCCAUCGGGCGCGUCCAAAAACAGAACACCUUCAGCUCGGAUCACGGCAACAACAGCAACACCAGGUUCAUGGAGUUUACCGCACGGCAUAGCGUUGAUGGAAAGUUCACCAACGUGGAUGAAAAGGCAACAUUCAUCCUGGGAUACCUUCCCCAGGAGCUGCUAGGGACGUCCCUUCACGAGUACUACCAUGCAGAAGAUAUGAUCAGCAUGACAGCUUUUCAGAAAAAAGUGCUGGAAUCGAAAAUAAAACUAGAAUCGGGCGUGUAUCGAUUUCGAUGUAAAGAUGGCAAGUACAUUCAUCUGAAGUCGACGUAUUGCUGUUUUCAGAAUCCGUGGACUAAGGAAACAGAUUUUAUACUUUCAACUAACGUGGUCGUACAAAUUCAAGAUGUGUCAAGUUCGGGACAAGCAGUGGACGAUGAGCUCGUUGCCAUAGAGACAGCUAAAGAGUCGUUAGCUGGCAUGUGUGCUGCCUCAGGAACAGACGUUGCCAUGGUUGGACAAGAACUAGAAGAUGAUGCUUUCGACUCGAGCAAGAAUGUGUUAAUGACUGCAGACAGCAGUAUGAUCAACAGAGAUGGGUCACCUUUAUCGACACAUUAUUCAAGCCAGCAUGCUGAUCCUGAAGUAUUGGCCGUUUCUGCACCACCACCGUCUGAUGUGGUUACGAUUAGCGUGCAUGAUGUCACAAAAUUGAACGGAAUCUGUGUGACACCUCAUGAUCAGAAUGUUCUUCUAGAGAAUUUCAUCCCCGAACAAGUAGCAAACGACAUGCAGUGUUUCGGAAUUGGCGGCAACGACGAGGAGACCCUGGCUUCGUUUUUUAUGAGUUUACUGGAUGAGGAUGGCGGCCUAGGAGGACCUGUUGACGUAAACAGUUUUCCAUGGACUGUUUAA